UUCUCAUCAGCUGUGCUGCUAGUGAAACGUGCCAGAUUUACACUUAGCAGCAAAUUAAAGUGUUAGGGGCGAAUCAUUAUCUGUGCCAGUGAUAUAAUAGUUAUUGCAAACGCAAAUUGUUGAUUUGGUGUUAAAGUCAUGCACCAUGUUGGACGUGAUCCAACCGAGCAGCAAUCUCCCAACCAGCGAGAGCACCGAUGUGGUGGUGGUCCGGGCCAGACCGAAGAAGGUAUUCAAGCCGAAGGCGAGGAUUAAUCGGAUUCCGCAGGAGCUGCUCGAUGAUCCACUGCUGCAGCAGGCCGUAGACCGCCUGCCCUCGAACUACAACUUCGAGAUGCACAAGACCAUCUGGCGGAUAAGAGAGAUGAAGGCCAAGCGCGUGGCGCUGCAACUGCCGGAGGGCCUGCUGAUGUACGCCAUGGUCAUCAGCGACAUCGUGGAGCGAUUCACCAGCGCGGAUACCGUCAUCAUGGGCGAUGUGACCUACGGUGCCUGCUGCGUGGACGACUAUACUGCCAAGGCACUGGGAGCGGAUCUGCUGGUGCACUACGGCCACAGCUGCCUCAUACCCGUGGAUCAGACGUGCGGCAUCAAGGUGCUGUACAUUUUCGUGGACAUUAAAAUCGAUCCUCUGCACUUCCUGGACUCCGUUAAGCUAAACUUCCGCCCGGAGGUGGGCCAGAUAGCUUUGGUCAGCACCAUACAGUUCGUGACCACACUGCAGGCUGCAUCCACGGAACUAAAGGCUGCCGGCUACGAUGUGAUAGUUCCCCAGGCCAAGCCACUUAGUCCCGGAGAGAUUCUCGGCUGCACAUCGCCGCAGCUGCCAGAGACGACUAAGAUGAUCAUUUAUCUGGGAGACGGGCGUUUCCACCUGGAAUCCGCAAUGAUUGCCAACCCGCUGCUAAAGGCCUACAAAUACGAUCCGUAUGAGAAAAAGUUUACCAUAGAGCAGUAUGACCACACGGCCAUGCAGAAUCUUCGCCUGGAUGCUGUACAGCGGGCUAAGAAGGCCCGCCGCAUCGGCAUCAUACUGGGAACACUCGGAAGACAGGGCAGUUCCAGGGUGCAUCGAUUUUUGGAGAAGCGACUGCACGCCAAGGGCAUUGAGACUACCACGCUGUUACUGUCCGAGAUCUUCCCCCAGAAACUGGCACUCUUUGCGGACAUUGACGCCUUCGUGCAGAUUGCCUGCCCGCGACUUUCGAUCGACUGGGGAUCCGCCUUCAGCCAACCGCUGUUGAAUCCCUACGAACUGUCCGUGGUAUUGGGCGAUGUCGAGUGGACGCCACACAACUCGUCGCCACGCAACAAUGCCUAUCCGAUGGACUUCUAUGCCAGUGGCAGCCUGGGACCCUGGACACCCAACUUCAAGCCACCAGCGCUGGGAGAAUGCGAGAACAAACCAUCGGCCGAUUGCUGUGGCCGUUGCACGCGGGCGGAACUGGAGAAGGAUGAUUCCGGGAAGGCGGCGGCUCUGGACGAUCUUCUCGACUUCAAAAAAGGAUAGAGGGGAUCUUAUCUGACUCGCAUUCAACUGCCCACAGAGCCCUCCAUCUCAAGCGAUCAGCCAUGGUCGUCUGCCCAAAUAUAAUGCUUAAAUACUAAUUUAGUUAGUACAAAUUUGGUUUUUAAGUUCUUACUUUUAGGUAAUUUUUGUGUUCAUCACACAUAGUUUUAUGAUUUCUACGUUCGCAAUAUCGAUCUUUAGCUUAGUUACUAGCUAUUUUUUCAACAGAGAUGCAAUUGUUAUAGUAACAGCAACAAUGUACACAAUAUAUAUAACAUUAAAUAAUGUUUCAAAAGACCAA